AUGAUUCCCACACCAGACCUCAGCCAUCUCAAAGCUUCAGACUAUGAGACUGUCUAUGAACCUGCUGAGGACACAUUCAUCCUCUUAGAUGCCUUAGAAUCAGAUUCAGACACGUUGAAACAGCUGCGUCCGCGAUUAUGCCUUGAAAUCGGCUCGGGGUCUGGUUGUGUCUCGACUUUCCUCGGUAGCAUUCUCGGCUCGUCUGAAGCUCUGUUCCUAUGUACCGAUAUCAAUCCACAUGCCUGCUCUUGUAGUGUUGCAACUGGACUCCAGAAUAAGAUCCCGCUCAACCUCGUCAACGCCUCUCUUGCAGACCCGCUUCUAUGGCGUCUCCAAAACGCCGUCGAUAUCAUCAUCUUCAACCCUCCCUAUGUACCGACUGUUGCCGAUGAGGCUUGGACUGCUCAGGCGGAUCGUGGAAUCGGUGGAGCCUGGGCAGGCGGCAAGGAUGGGAUGGAGAUUACCAAUGUUUUCCUGCCUCACGUUUCUGCACUGCUAGCGCCAGGAGGCCACUUUUAUCUAGUCGCAGUCACACAGAACAACAUAGUGGCAAUGCAGCAACGAAUGAAGGACAUUUAUGGUCUGGAAAGCCAGGUUGUUCUACGUCGCAGAGCUGGAGGAGAACAUCUUUCCGUCAUCCGGUUCAGCAAAACAUUGGCAGUUAAAACAGCGGUGUUUCAUAGUAAUACAAGCAAUAACGAAGUACUUUAG